GAAGCAUGGUCACACCCAACACUGUUUUUGUUAAGGGCUCAAUAAUUUUUGUGUUAGCGUCGCGAAAGGCAGGAAAAUGAUGCAAAUGAAGGAGUACAAGGAGGUGCCACAGGAUGCGCCGCAGGACGAUACGGUGGUGCGACAGCCCCAGUCGACAGGAGGCGUGCCCGCCAACGGAGCUGAUAAUUGGAUGUCCAUACCCGUGGGCAUGCCCAACUGCCCACAGGGCCUCGAAUACCUGACGGCUCUGGAUCAGCUACUGGUGUCCCAGAAGAUCGAAAAACUCGAGCUGUUGACCGGCUUCGAGUCGAAGAACCGCUUCAAGGUAAAGAACUCGCUGGGACAGAACGUGUACUAUGCCUACGAGGAGAGCGACUGUUGCACCAGGAAUCUGCUGGGUCGAUCCCGUCCAUUUGAGAUGAAGAUCCUGGACAAUUUCCAGAACGAGGUGCUGCAUCUGCGCCGGCCAUUCCGAUGUGAAAUACUGUGCUGCUUCCCCAGCUGCAUGAACGCCGUGGAGGUGUCGGCGCCGCCGGGACAGGUGAUCGGAACCGUGGAGCAGGUCUGCACAUUCUUGCGGCCCAAGUUCAAUAUCAGGAACUCGUUCGGCGACAUCGUCCUGCGCAUCGAGGGUCCCCUCUGCCCCUGCAAGUGCUUCAGCGAUACCAAUUUCAAGGUAUUGAGCGCCAAUAAUGAGGAGAUUGGCAAAAUAAGUAAACAAUGGUCCGGCCUGGGUCGGGAACUGUUCACCGAUGCGGAUUAUUUCAGCGUUUCGUUCCCCUUGAAUCUGGAUGUUCGCAUGAAGGCACUCAUGUUCGCUGCCCUCUUUUUAAUCGAUGUGGUUUACUACGAACAAUAAUUUAUCAGACUUUUUUUUGCCGACUGUUGCAUCGUUAUAGCUAUAAGAUUUCUUCAAUACACAACUUAUUUGAUCAGACUUUUCGGGGAACUCGAGACAGUGCUCGAUGAUCGGCGAUAAGGAAUCUCCCCAGCAAAGACGAAUCUCCCAUAAUCGAUCGAAAACCCUUAAUGUUUGCGCACAAUUUUGAAUUCGUUUCUUGCGAACCUGGGUUGUUGGCAUUUAAAACGCACAAACUGCAACACACACACUUACUGACACAAACUACACACACGAGAUAAAUACACUGAAAAGAACGAGUGCCUUAUGACGUCCAAGUUGUUAUUGCCCGCCCACGUUUUUCCCCCGUUUUUUAUACAAAUACCUCAACAUAACUUAGCUUUGUUUCGCCCCGAAUGUCGGAGGAGCACAGGAUUACUUAACAGCAACAACCAUGGCGUACCUAACAAAUAAUUUAUACCAACUAUAUUUUUAUGUGUAAUCUCUACAAAACUAAUCGGAACAAAAUCGAAUUGUUAACGUUAUCCAUACUAAUGUGGCCACAACUGGCAGCAAUCAAGGCAUUUUGUAAAGGAUCAAAGGAUCUAUUCCAGACGUUUUUUGGUUAAUCCAGUUUGAUUGCUUCCGUGUGCCGCCACGCAUUUUGCAUCACUUAUACAUAUACAUAUGUACUUCAUCAAUUUAUUUAUCUCUCAGUUAUGCUGUAAAAUAAACGAACUAUAUUUUUUACAAAACAAG